AUGAUCUGGAAUUCGAUUUUUGGGCUGAGUGCCUUGGGAUUGCUACCAUUGGCAUCUGCCUUACCAAAUGAUAUUGCAGCCAGGGCAACGCCAUCCAGCUCAUCGGUCUCAGCACCACCUACCCGUUCUCAUCCGACUAGUCUCCCCCAUUCAUCCUACACAGGAACCGCAUUGACUAGUGGCGCACUUACGGCUAGCUCCGUUGGAACGGGUAUAUCCUCUGGAAGUGUCUCUCCCGCUGAGACUACCUAUCCGAGUGAUGGGAAGCUUCAUAAUGCCGAGCCAGCCCCAUAUGUUCCCGCUGGAGGAGUUGGAACCAAUGGCUCAAUUCCUGUCUACAACGCACAGAGCGACUUCGACUAUGAAUCUCUGGCCCUUGCUCUGUACCAGGAGUGGAUUGAAUUGGAUAUCUUCCAAGAUGGAUUGAGACGUUUCUCUGAACAGGACUUCAAGGCAGCUGGUCUCACACCGCAAGACCGAAACCUUAUUGCCUUUAUGGCUGAACAAGAAGUUGGGCACGCGACCAUGAUCAGCAACAUCCUGGGUGCCGAGGCACCACAGCAAUGUGCCUAUGUCUACCCUUACACUAAUGUGCAAGAGUACAUUGAUUUUGCUCAAAAGGUCACUCGGUUCGGCGAAGCUGGUGUAUAUGGAUUCCUAGCUCACCUUGACUCGAGAGAGGCUGCUACCUUGCUCACCCAAUCCAUCACCACAGAGGCACGUCAGCAAUUGAUCUUCCGUCAGUUCCAGGGCCUCUUCCCAAUGCCCGAAUGGUUCGAGGUUGGUAUUCCCCAGUCUUGGGCCUGGACCCUCCUAGCACCGUAUAUCAGCUGGUGCCCACAAGACCAGACUCGACUUGUCUGGCAGAACUUCCCAGCCCUCAAGAUCAUCAACCAGCCAAGCGUUGGAAGCAGCGGUAACUCCUCCGUUUUCCAAAACAAUACUAUCAGCUCCGGAACCAACGUGGUGAAGGUGCCCAACGGAUCUCAGUCAUCAAGCUCUGGCUCUUCCGGAAGUGACUGUGGCGCUACAGUCACGACUGAUGACACCACCCCGCUUUCGUUCGCUGGUCGUCAGGUUGCUCUGCAAUGGGAAACCCCGGGUAAAGCUGUUGGUCCCAACAAUAGCUAUGUGACUACUUCCCAGGCUAAGACUGCUAAGUACGUCGCGUGGGUUUCGCAGCUCAACGUCACUUACACUCCGCUGCGGGUUAGCUCCAAUGGUACCCGGGGAUAUACUAUCCAGCCAAGUGCAGAGACAUACGAGGGCAACCCAGCAGUCAAUGGAACGAUGUUCAUUGCCAUUACCGAUUCGAACCCUGUGCUGAGCCCCUUCAAUCUCAGCUUGAUCAACCCUCACGUUGUUGCUGGCCCUGCUAUUUACCAGGCCGGCUAA